AUGGAAUCAACAAAUUUAGCAACUUGCUUGGAGGCGUGUCAAACAUCUUCAAUUGGUGACCUCGACUGUUGGUUUGUAGUGACAAACAGCAGUAACACCAAUGUAUGUUACCUAUACUUCACUGAUGACAAAUACCUGGCAGAUAGAGCCGAGAACACAACGGUCAGAUUGGGCCUGAAUAUCCACAUCAAACGAUGUGGAAACGUUGCUGUUAAUGGCGAAACAUCAACAUCAACAUCGGUAGCAACAACUACAACUUGUCUUGCCCUGACAACAGUUGCUGCAUCAACUCCGUCUACUCAAACCAUGACCAUGACAACCGCACAAACGACACAGCCGACAACCACACAACAAACGACAUUUGUAUCAACUUCAACUAUCGCUUCCCAAACAACGGCGGGCGCAGAGUGCUUAAAUUACAAUAAUCAGACGAUAACAUACACACCCACUGAACUUCAAGAAAAACUGCAACAACUCAAGGCAGAUCUCAUGGUGAUAAAGACCAGUACAAAUCGACACGCAAGAACGCUCAUUAGCGUUUAUGAUGGCCGUCAAAGUGCGGUAAAUAUUGGAUUAGUAAGUAAUAUCUUCCUCGGGGUGAUUCUUGUACUCUUCUUUAUCACUGACAUACCAGUGUUCUACAGACAUAUCAGAGGACGCUGGGAUGAUGAGGAUGACUACGAGGACGAUGGUGAUGAAAUCUACUAA